CAUCUUCAACACCAUUUAAUGGCGGCGGUGGUGGUGGUGGUGGUGGUGGUGGUGGUUACAACCACCCGCUGGAGAGAAAUGGUCCAGAUCAGCGUGUCAACAUGGAGCAUGAUCGCAUGCAGCAACCACCUAGAAAACUGGGUUAUAGAAAGCCUAUCCAAAUUUGCGACUAAUUGCUUGUUUUCCCAUGUUUACUCUAGACAAUUCGCCAUGUAGAGCUUACUCAAGGCAAUCUUGUUCUCGACUGUCCUGUUCCUGACAAGCUUCUGAGAAACGUGAAAUACACUACAGGAGAAGAGUUCACCCAUAUGCGUUACACAGCUGCUACCUGUGACCCAAAUGACUUUUUGAAAAACAGAUACACUCUCAGAACACACAAUUAUGGCAGAAAGACCGAGCUUUUCAUUGUUAUGACCAUGUACAACGAAGACGAUCAACUUUUCCUCAAGACUAUGAACUCCGUUAUUAAAAAUAUUGCCCACUUGUGCUCAAGAACAAAGAGUAAAACUUGGGGUCCGGAUGGCUGGCAAAAGAUCACUGUAUGCGUAGUAGCUGAUGGUCGUACUAAGAUCCACCCUCGAGUUCUCAAAGUUCUUGGUGCCAUGGGUGUUUAUCAGGAAGGAAUUGCUAAAACUGAAGUUGUCGGUCGUGCUGUAACAGCACACAUUUACGAGUACACCUCGCAGGUCAUGGUGGACAGAGAGACUGGCAAAAUGUUUGGAUCUGAUAAGGGUAGUGUCCCUAUUCAGAUCGUCUUUUGUCUCAAAGAGAAGAACGCAAAGAAGUUAAACUCUCAUAGAUGGUUCUUCAGAGCAUUUGCUCCUCUUUUGAAUCCCAAUGUGUGUAUUUUAUUGGAUGUCGGUACACGUCCAAGCGGUACAAGUUUAUACCAUUUGUGGAAAGCUUUUGAUCGUGCUCCAUACAUUGGUGGUGCUUGUGGUGAAAUCUGUGCUGAACUUGGAAAGGGUUGGAGCAACCUCAUCAACCCACUUGUUGCUUCCCAGAAUUUCGAAUACAAAAUGUCCAAUAUCCUCGACAAGCCUUUGGAAUCUGUUUUCGGUUACAUUUCGGUGUUGCCUGGUGCUUUCUCCGCUUAUCGUUACAAAGCUUUGAAAGAUAUUGCUCCCGGUGUUGGCCCACUAUCUUCUUACUUCAAGGGUGAAGCAUUGCACGGAGGCGCAGCCGAUGCAGGCAUUUUUGAAGCCAAUAUGUACCUUGCUGAAGAUCGUAUUCUUUGUUUCGAAUUAGUGGCAAAGAAGGGAGAACAGUGGCUUCUCAAGUAUGUCAAGGCAGCCAAGGCUGAAACGGAUGUCCCAGACAAUUUGGCAGAAUUCAUCUCCCAACGUAGACGCUGGCUGAACGGAUCCUUCUUCGCAUCUUUCUUUGCUACCUACCACUUUUAUCGAAUUUGGACCAGUGGACAAAAUCUUUGGCGCAAAUUCUUGAUGACCCUUUUCUUCAUUUAUAACUUUAUCAACUUGGUGUUCAACUGGUUUGCACUGGGCAACUUCUACCUUACUUUCUUCUUCCUCACAAAAGCAUCUGUUCCAACUACUUACGAGACUAUGGUGGACGGCAAACUUUCAGAAGUCACACAAUCAACUACCGUCCCUGAUCCAUUCUACGGACAUGGCAACAUCGCUUUUACAUUCUUGCGUGAGCUUUAUAUAAUGGUUAUCAUCAUCAUUGUUAUCUCGGCACUUGGUAAUCGUCCACAAGGUUCAAAGACAAUCUACUGGAUUUGUGUCGUUAUCUUUGCUAUCCUCAUGUUGGUCAUGUUGUAUGUUGCUGGUUUCACAAUUUGGCAAACUGUGCCAAAAUCCGUAUCUGGAUGGAAAAAUGCAUACACGUUGUUCCAAACGUCUCCAGCAUUCCGUGAUAUCAUCAUCUCCCUUGGAUCAACCUACGUUCUUUACUUCUUCUCAUCCUUUUUGUAUGGUCAGCCAUGGCACAUGUUUACUUCAUUCAUUCAAUACUUGGCACUCUUGCCCUCUUAUGUCAAUAUCCUCAUGGUCUACGCAUUCUGUAACACACACGAUGUCAGUUGGGGUACAAAGGGUGAUAACAAAACAGAGUCUUUGGGUGCGGCUGAAGCAACCACUGGUAAAGACGGUCAGAAACUCAUCAAGGUGGAGGUACCAACAGAAAGAGAGGACAUCAAUUCCAACUAUGAAAAGUUCCUUCGAGAUCUGGCAGUGCCUGAGGUGAAAAAAGUUGAACAUCGUGACGCAAAGACCAAGCAGGAAGAUUACUACAAGCUUUUCCGUACCAGACUUGUUCUUUCCUGGAUGUUCUCUAACGCUUUGCUCAUCGUGGCCAUGUCUUCUGACGCAUUCACACAAUACAUAGCAGAACACAACCCGAACGCGCAAAUGUCCUACAAUCCUUAUUUGACUUUCAUUUUCUGGUCUGUUGCCUUCCUCUCAGCCUGCCGUUUCCUUGGAAGUACAUCCUACAUCCUACUUCGUCUCAUUUUUGGCUAGACAAAAAACGCUACUUUUAUCAAUGUCACUCUCACAGGAUGAAUGUGACAUAUGAUUCAGUAUCUACAAAACACUUUUUUUUCAUGAAAUAAAACCACGUUUAAAGAUUUGCAUUUUUAUUUAC